CGUGGAGUCAGCUUGGUAACUGAGAGUUUAUCCCUAGCGUAUAGACUAUUGAUCCAUAGUGUGCAAUCUGUUAGUUAAAAUAUUGCAAGUUUUGUUGCUCGUAGUGUACACCAUGAAGGUACUAGUGGCAUUGCUGGGAUUGGCGGUUGUGACAUUGGCUGCACCAUCACCGCAGUUCUACUAUCCUGCCUUCGGACUACGGCCACAUGGCCUAAUUCCGGUGGGUGUGUUGCCGGGCGCAGCAUAUGUCCCUGUUGCAGUUCCCGUUCCAGUUCCAGUGGCACCCGUCGCUGUUGCUCCUGCUGUACCAAUCGCUCCGGCAAUUGGCAUUGGAGCUCCAGCAUUCGGGGGUAGCAACGCAGAAGCCCAAUCGGCAUCGUUCAACAUAGGGCUCGGAGGCAUAAGUGGAUCGUUCAGCAAAUCAGCAGCCAACUCGAACUCGUUUGGCGGCGGCGGUUUCGGCGGUGCAGGGUCAUCUGCUAGUGCAGCUGCCGAAUCUGGCUCGUAUGGUGGCGGCUUCGGUGGAUUCGGGGGUUCAUCGUCGAAUGCGUACGCGUCCUCGAACUCGUUCGGAGGUGGUGGUGGAUUCUACCCGUUCUUCGGCUAGGUAUUCACGUGGUCGUUAAGGGCGUUGGAUUGAAUCUCAGGUACCACAAAAGUCAAAAAGCAUCAAAGGCUAAUUUAUUGCAAUAAAAUAAUCGUGUAAGAGCAGCUCAUUUUGGUAUUUACGA